AUGAUAUCCAAUUCACCAGAUGCUUUCCAUCAAACAAGAGUUGUACAACUGCAAAUCAAAUCUUCCAAUGUCAAAGUACAACAAAUGGAACAUAAAUCACAUAAUAAUAUAAUAUCUGAAUAUCAAUUAGAUAUGUUGGAACAUUUAUUAACAAUUGAAUUAAAAUCAUUACCAAAUUUAUUAUUAAUUGAACAACAACCAGAAAUUAAAUUAAGUAUGAGACCUUUAUUACUAGAUUUUUUAAUGGAAGUUAUAACAAUUUUAAAUUUAUCAAGAUCAACUUUUCCCUUAACAGUAAAUUUAAUUGAUAGAUAUUGUUCAACAAGAAUUGUAAAAAAACAACAUUAUCAAUUAUUAGGAUUAACAAGUUUAUGGAUAAGUUGUAAAAAUUUAGAUUCAAAAUUUAAAAUUCCAACAUUAAAUGAUUUAAGAAAAAUUUGUGUUGAUUCAUAUAAUAAAGAAUUAUUUAUUGAAAUGGAAAAACAUAUUUUAAAAUCUUUAGAAUGGCAAAUUAAUUGUUCUACUUUUGAUUCAUUUGUUGAUGUAUUUUUAAAUUUAUUAAUUUCAAUUGGUGAUACAAAUUCUUUAAUUAUAAAAAAGAAUUUUCAAAAAAUUAAAAUUUCAAGUUAUUAUUUAGGUGAAUUAUUUCAAUUUUAUCCAAAUUUAUAUUUUAAUUAUUCUUCAUCACAAAUUGCUAUAUUAUCAAUAAUGUCAAGUAUUUCAACUUUAGUUUUACCUAUAAAUAUUGUUAAUAUCUUAUCAUUUUAUAAUUCAUUAUUAGAUAAACAAACUAUACAAUUAAAUUUAGAAAAUUUUCAACAAAUUUUUAAAUUAAUUAAAUCAUUAUCUUUACCAAAUAGUAUACAACAAAAAUAUGGUAUUACAAAUAAAAAUUCAAAUAAUAAUACAUGUUUUAAUAAUAAUGAUGGUUCAAAUAAUUUAAAUAAUAAUCAAAAUAAAAGAAAUCAAUUAAAUAAUAGAAAUUUACCACCAAAAACUCCAAAAGUUUCAAUGCCUUUAACUCCUGGUCCAAGUCCAGAAGAGAAAAUUGAUAGAAAAAGACGUUGUGAUACUCAAUUAAUGGAUCAACUGAUGAUAAAUAAUAAUAAUAUUAAUAAUAACGAUAAUAAUGAUAAUGCCCAACAAAUUCAACAUCAUGAACAUCAACUACAACAACAACAACAACAUCAAUAUGCUGGUAAUAGUUUUAAUCAUCAACAUAUUAGAAAGAAAAGUUGUAUAAAUUCAGGUGUUAAAAUAUAA